AUGUCGACCUCAUUCAACUGGACCGCGUUAGCGGUAGCCAUAACCGCAGUCUUCAUAUUCUGGACCUUCUCCUCAACCUCCUCCUCACCCUUCACACGGUCGUUCCCACGCCUCGAAAACAAGCGCAUCUGCCUCCUAAUCGCACACCCAGACGAUGAAGCCAUGUUCUUCGCGCCAACCGUGCUAUCCCUCACCAAGCCCGAGCUCGGCAACCACCUAAAGAUCCUCUGUCUUAGCAGCGGCGACGCAGACGGCCUAGGGGAGACGCGUAAACAAGAGCUCCAGAAAUCAGCAAAGCAGCUCGGACUGCGCAGCGAAUCGGACGUCUUCAUAGUCGACGACGUGAGCCGCUUCCCGGAUGGAAUGGAUAAGGACUGGGACGAGGGCCAGAUCUCGUCGUUACUGGCCUCGGCUUUCGCGCCGGAAAUGGCCGCGCAGAAGAAGCUGCCCGGCAAGCAUGUCGAUCAUAAUAAGGCCCCUACCGCUACUAUCGAUGUCAUCAUUACCUUUGACAAGCAUGGCAUCAGUAAUCAUCCUAAUCACCGCUCGCUGUACCAUGGCGCUGUGAACUUCGUCCGCGCUUUGAUGAAGGAUAAGGCGGGGUUCACUUGUCCAGUCACGCUGUAUACCCUGACUACGACGUCGGUGUUCCGCAAGUAUGCGGGUGUGCUUGAUGCGCCGCUCUCCAUGUUCCUUGGAGUCUGGAGUAACCUCGUCGCUGGGUUGACGGGCUCGAGGAAGAAGGAUGCGGGGGCUGGAGCUGGUCCUGUGCGGCUGCUGUUUGUUAGCUCGAUAAAUGAGUGGUUGACUGCGCAGUCAGCUAUGGUAGUCUGUCAUAAGAGUCAGAUGGUUUGGUUCCGGUGGGGGUGGAUCACUAUUGGGAGAUAUAUGACUGUCAAUGACCUUCAGCGGGAGAAGGUCUAG